AUGACAGCCCAAACCCCAAUCCACGAGCCCGCAACUGCUGACGGCUGGCAUGGCGUCAUCCCGAGCGAGGAAUUCCCCGCCGAGAAAGGCCGCUACCACCUCUAUAUUGGCCUCUUUUGUCCCUUCGCCCAUCGCGUAAAUUUCGUCCGCCAUCUGAAAGGCUUGACCGAAUUCAUUGACAUCAGCAUUGUCAAGCCAUACCCCAAGGGUGACGCCAAAGGCUGGCCAGGAUGGCGAUUCCCGGUCUCUGAUGAUGAGUAUCCCGGUGCGACAGUUGAUCACCUGUUUGGCGAAGACUAUUUGCACAAAGUCUAUUUCCGAGCCGACCCCGAUUACAAGGGGCGGUAUUCGGUGCCGUUGCUGUGGGAUACGAAGACUGGAACGGCGAUUUGCAAUGAAAGUGCGGAACUUCUUCGAUGGCUUCCCACGGCUUUCAAUGAACUGCUUCCACCAUCGCUCGCUGCGAUUGACCUCUACCCGGUAUAUCUGCGCGAUAAAAUUGAUGCAGUCACCACGUGGAUGCAAUCUGAUGUCAAUGCUGGAGUAUAUAAAGCAGGCUUUGCGUCCUCGCAGGAAGAGUAUGACAAAAACGUCAUUCCUGUUUUUGGGGCUCUGAACAAACUCGAGAAGAUUGUUGCAAAUAAUGGAGGCCCGUUUGUGCUCGGUCGAGAUUUAACUGAGCUGGAUAUCCGGUUGUAUGCAACAUUGAUCCGCUUUGACACGGUGUAUGUGCAACAUUUCAAGUGCAACCUAGGCACCAUCCGACAUGAUUAUCCAGUUUUAAACAACUGGCUCAAGGGCAUGUAUUGGAAUGUUAAAGCGGCGAGAGACUCGACAAACUUUCUACAUAUCAAAGAGAAUUAUACAAAGAGUCAUGCGGAUAUCAAUCCAAAGGCAAUCACGCCUAUGGGUCCUUUCCCUAACGUCGAGGAGGGGUUCGAAGAGGACUGGAGCAAGUUGGCUGUCGGCGAGGUCAAGCACCCCUCUGUGUUAGAUUAUGAAACUACAAUUCCUGAUCUGUAG